UUGGUUAAUUUAUCAUCAUUAAUUAAUUUUUAAAACAAAUAAUAUAUUUAUAUAUCUGUGCAAACAGGUACAGGUUAAAACACAAAAUCAGUUGGUCCAGAGUGGUAAACUAAAAUCAUGAAAACAAAUUUUUCAUGUUCUCGCAGCGAAAGCGAAUAAUUAUUUUUAUUUAUUAUAAUAAAAUAUACGAGAUAGGUGACGAAUUUAUAUUGUUUAAUACUAGGUAUUAGUCUCUCACGAAGUUAAAAUGUGCGAUAUGUUGAAAGAGCUGAGAGAACGUUCACAGAAGAGGAAGAAACUACUAGCUCAAACAUUCGGGGUGGCCAACGUGGACGAGCUGCGUCAGGCGCUGGGCACCUCGCUGGAGGCCCCCAAGAAGCCCAGGGCCAGCGACAAGCCCCGGGAUGACGAGGUUGCCGAGAAGGUGGUUCCCGAGGACACCAGCACGGACGAGCGCGUCUACACGGACUCCUCCACCUUCCUCAAGGGCACACAGUCCUCCAACCCGCACAACGACUACUGCCAGCACUUCGUGGACACGGGCCAGCGCCCACAGAACUUCAUCCGCGACGUGGGGCUGGCCGACCGCUUCGAGGAGUACCCCAAGCUGCGCGAGCUCAUCAAGCUCAAGGACGACCUGAUAGCCAAGACGGCCACGCCGCCCAUGUACCUCAAGGCGGACCUGGAGGCGUUCGACAUGAAGGAGCUGGACAAGUUCGACGUGGUGCUGGUGGAGCCCCCCCUGGAGGAGUACCAGCGCACCAUGGGCGUCACCAACACCCGCUUCUGGAGCUGGGACCAGAUCAUGCGGCUGGACAUCGGCGAGGUGUCGGCGCAGCGCAGCUUCGUGUUCCUGUGGUGCGGCUCGUCCGAGGGGCUGGACAUGGGCCGCUUCUGCCUGCGCAAGUGGGGGUUCCGGCGCUGCGAGGACAUCUGCUGGAUCCGCACCAACAUCGGCAACCCGGGCCACUCCAAGAACCUCGAGCCCAAGGCCGUCUUCCAGCGGACCAAGGAGCACUGCCUGAUGGGGAUCAAGGGGACGGUGCGUCGCUCCACCGACGGGGACUUCAUCCACGCCAACGUCGACAUCGACCUGAUCAUCUCGGAGGAGACGGAGUACGGCUCGCUGGACAAGCCGGUCGAGCUGUUCCACAUCAUCGAGCACUUCUGCCUGGGCCGGCGCAGGCUGCACCUGUUCGGGCGCGACAGCACCAUCCGCCCGGGCUGGCUGACCAUCGGCCCGGAGCUCACCAACAGCAACUACAACGCGGAGCUGUACGCCAGCUACUUCGCGGCGGGCCAGGACACCACCGGCUGCACCGAGCGCAUCGAGGCGCUGCGCCCCAAGUCCCCGCCCCCCAAGCUGAAGGGGGCGCCCGGGGGCCGCGGGCGGGGCUUCUCUCGGGGCCGCGGCCGGGGCCGCUGAGCUCCCCCCCACCCCACCUUGCCUGACUACUGUCAACAUGCUGUAGGAGGCUAUUUAAAAAAGGGGAAGGCACAAAGAAAACUUUCACAACAUUGUUUUGUUAGAUAUUAUCUUGUCUGUAUUUCCCUGUUCUGCCUCUUUUAAUCUCCGUUCCAAUGUUCUAAUACACUUUUAUAAACAUUUAGUGAUCAGUUUUAUUUUGUGUGUCAAACUUUGCUUGUACUAUACAUGGUAACAAUUUUUGUUUUGAUUUACUUUUUAAAAGCAAAUCUUAAAUAUUUCAGUUACCGUAUUUACUCGCAUAUAGGUCGCCAUCGCAUACAGGUCGCACCCAUAAUUUGAGGUCUUGAAUUUGGUAUUUAAGAUUCCCCCCAUAUAGGUCGCACCGGUAAUUUAAUGACGCGAACGGCCGGCGCACCAUGCACGAAAGAGUUAACGGGUACUGUAAAACUCCGCUACUACGAGAGCUGAUGACGGCGUGAUAAAUUGUUGUAACAACAAGUACUCGCAAUAACCGAAUUUAGAAAAUUGAAGUCAAGUUAGAUUCCUGACUUCUUAAAAUGUCUUAAUUGUAGACUAUAACUCGAAAACAGUGCUUUGUAUUGAAAAAAUGCACAGAAUAAAAGUUGUAGUAAAUUUAAUUACGAAUAAAAAAAGGCCUGUUAUGAUUUUUUAUAUCUACAGCGGUUUUCGUUAUGGGUUCCGAUAAAUACUCACAUGCUAAGUGAAUUCACGUCACGCGAGUUCGGCUAUGCUAGCCGGCUGGUUGUUAUUUUCGUUCAAAACGUGGCAAAGGAACUUGUGUGGAUCAGGUAGAAAACAUUCGGCUAUAAACGAAAGAUAUAAGAACAAUGCUAUCCUGAAAUGCUGUGACAUGUUUUUGGAGUAGAUAAUCACAGCGACAGACCGACAGGAUGCGCUCCCGCCCUUGCCGUCAGCGAUGUUUAUUUUGACAGCUCAAGCAAUUAUCUUUUCCUCGUCCCUUCGCAGCGUAAAAAAAAGUAAAAAAAAAACACGUUUGAAUGCAGAUGGAAAGGUAACUAUGCAGUAAAAUAAAAAUAUAUUUACGGCCCUGCUAAAUUUUUCUAUUCAAUAAAAUUCGAGGUAUUAGUGAUUUUUCACCAGAAACUGCUGUGUGACUAAUAAACAAAUUGUAUCUUAAUAACUUAAACUUAUAAAGUAUUUAUUAAUGGCGAAGGACAGUCGUAUAAGCCCAUAAAAAUAUUUAUUUUACCGAGAAUGGACUAUACAACCUGGCUUUUGCCGCACGCGGUGUGGGAGGGGAGGAGGAUGCUGACAGUUUCUCACGCAGAAGGUUGAAAUAAGGGAGGGAAUGUGUUGAAAUGUUAGUUGGAAAAAGGGGGGGGGGGGUGUUUUUACAUGGUUUGUGGCUCUGGGAGGGAUGAGCCUUGAAGAAUUAGCAGCGGAUGGGAGAGGUAAGCAUCACGUCACCUAUGACGUCAAGCCGCCGCUACUGCCAGCCUGGCCGGACGAGUUUCUUACACUCUCGCGGAAGCUACCACAGCGGCUUUUCGUGCAGGCGGGUAAGAUAACAUGACAGCUGAGACGGCUUUUCGUGCGUGGACGCGCCGAGCUCAACUAGACACUGCCGCAUGGACAGUCUAGAGGGGGUGGUAUCUAUUUUUAGCCGUCUUUUUUAUGCCUGCCUGCUUACAGUACAGCUCUCACCAAGAUAAACGUGAACACAUAGCGCCCAACAAGGUGUAACAGACUUGUUUUUCAGCCGAUUUUACUCAAAUUUUCGACUUUAUCUGCUCAAAUUUUUCACGGUUUCUCAAAAAACGGUCGUAUAAACGGAAUGGACGCAUCAGAGGGGGGUUGCAUCGGUGGGAUUCUACUGUAUUGCAAAAAAAAAUUCCUCAAAAAUUUUAAAAACAUUUUCUUCACAUAUAGGUCGCACUUCAUUUUUUCCCCAUCAAAUCUGGUAAAAUUGCUGCGACCUAUAUGCGAGUAAAUACUGUAUUUCAAACGUCAAAGGUUCCGGCCUUUACAUACAAUAACACAUUCUUCCUGAAUCCAUCUUGUGAAAUUUCACAGGUAGGUUCCACAUUUUUAGACUGUACGAAGAUUUAUGUUUCCUGUCGUGUCUCUGUGAAAUAUUUACCUGAUUAGGGUAAGUCUCCAUGUAUGAAUGCAUAAAUAUACUCCUACUUGUACUUUGUA